AUGGAAACCAACAAUUCAGGACGUGACCAGGUCGUCCGCGUGACCGUGGCGUGUGGUAUUCUCGCGACCCUGGCGGUAUGCCUCCGCUUUGUGGCACGAUUGAGGAGUAAAGCUACCUUCGGCGCCGACGACUGGUGGAUGGCCGCAAGUUUGAUCCCAUCGUACUGCAUGCUGGCAGUGGGCUCGAUCAUGAUUACGAGUGGUAAAGGUGGCCAGCAUGCUGACACGUUGACUGAGAGCCAGAUGGCAACGUUCUUGAAGACACUCGACGCAUCUUUAAUAACCUACACUCUCACCAUCACCAUGGUCAAGAUCUCCAUCCUACUCCUCUACCGCCGCAUCUUCACCACCCCCAGCUUCAAAAGAGCAACCACGGUAGUCGGCAUCGCGUGCAUUUCUUGGCUCAUUGCAGCGCUUUUCUGCCUCGCUUUUCAAUGUCACACUGAUGCCGAGAGGUACAAUGCGGAUAGUAUUUUCUCAAACCAAUGCAUCGAUCUGAAGGCUUACUGGGCUGCUACCACCGGCUCGAACAUGGCUCUCGAUCUUGUUAUAUUGUGCAUGCCGCUUUAUAUGGUGUGGAACCUCAAACUUGCGACUCAUCAGAAGAUAUGGCUUUCUGGCACCUUCGCCUUGGGCACAUUGGUUUGUGUCGCCGGAUUAAUGCGCAUCAUUACGAUUAAACUGGUCAAAGGGGGGGAUCUUACCUAUACCGUAGUCACAUGCUACAUGUGGUCUCAAGUCGAGCCCACCAUGGCCAUCGUCUGUGCCUGCCUCACCACUUUGCCCCCCCUCUUCGCCGGACUUCACAACUUCCUCCCUUCUCUCAGCUGGACUAGCAGACGUACUGCAUCAUCUUCUUCCGCCAAGAACAACGGACGCCGCUCCGACCUGGGGAUUGACCCCGAAAGCGACCAGAAAAUUGAGAAGAGGCCGAUGAGAUGGCCGUCGGAACGUCGUAAGAGUGACAUGGAACUAUCUGGAUUUGAGCAGCUGGCCAAUGCCGGAAUGCAGGGGGGGAUUAGCUUCUUGGAGAUAGCCGAGAGCGAGAGGACGGAGCACAGUUUGCAGGAGGAUGGGGCAUCUACCACGGCCAGGGCGAAGAGUGAGGAGUCUUUUGUUUGA